AUGUCGCUCUCCAGCUCCCUUGCUAAGUACAAGGGCGAAUUAGCCUCGGCCACCUCUCGGAACAUAGGCUCGGCGCGACCACCUGGCUCUGGUUCUGGCUCUGCGCGAGCGACCCCCAAACCCUCCGCGCCCGCGACGACUACGACCGCGGCCGCCGCAGUCGAUGCUACCAAGCGUAACCAUGAUGCCGCAUUCCAGCUGCCAAGCGCCGGGAGCGGCUCUUCGCUCAUGACCCAAGUCAACGUCGCCAUCAACUACCUGAAGACGAAAAACCCACAAGAAUUGGCCUUGGACGAUGUCAUCAGCUAUCUCUCCCUCCCUACCGAUGAAGCCAGAACACAGGGAGCUCUCAUUCGCAAGGCUUUGCAAGGAAAUGAACGCGUCGAAUUCGUCCCCAAAUCCCGUAGCGCAAACGGCAGGGACAGCUUCAAAUACAGGCCUUCUCAUCCUGUCACCAACGCAGAAGAACUCAAGAAUUAUCUUGCCCGUCAGACCACCGCACAAGGAAUCCUCGUCAAAGAGCUCAAAGACGGCUGGCCAAAUUGCAUCCCUGCCAUUGAUGCGCUUGAGAAGCAGAAUGCUAUUCUGGUGACGCGGCAGACCAAGGACAAUGCUCCCAAGAUGGUCUGGCCAAACUCCCCGUCCUAUCACGUGCACAUUGAUGACGAUUUCCGCGAGUUUUGGAACAAGACCAAACUUCCUGCUACUGAGACUGAGAUCAGGAAUGAACUGGAGAAGGCCGGUAUCGUACCCACGAGUCAGGUGAAGGAAGUGAAGAAGGUAGGAGGGAAAAAGGAGCGAAAGAAGCCCACCAGACGCGGGGGCAUGAAGACGACGAACAAGCACAUGACUGGCAUUCUCAAAGAUUACACCAGAAAGUGA